AUGGCUGAGGAUGCGUCUGAGUAUCUUGUUUACCUUAGCACAGCGUUUUCCUCCUCGUUUUCUUUAUACCAUCAUUUCACCCGCAAAACUGAACUUUUUUCCUACUUGCUUCUGUGUGUUGCCAAAAUGCCGUUUAUACCACAAGUAGUGAUUGCACGCUCCGUGUCAGGCCUGAGUGGGAAAGAGAGACCCGCAACUGCUUUGUCCACAAGCAGUGUGGCCAAAACGAAGGUUUUGGGAGAAGACAAAGGCAGCUCAGUCAAGGAGCGGCUGACUUUAAACUUGAAGCAGCUGGGGAGAAAGAAUCAACUCAAGAGUCACCUAACAACAACCAGUGCAGUUGCAAGAGGCCGCUUACUGCCGUCAUCACAGGCAGACUCCAUUCCCACCUCAAGCUCUGGAGAAUCUCUGCCUAAGGCAUCGCAGCACAAACACUCGACUCACAAGUCUGUGAAGGCUGAACCAGUGGUGAAAACGAGAGCUAGGAACCAGGCAGAGGCCCGUUUUACACUGACGCUCACACCUGAAGCGGUUCUACUAUUGCAAAGGAGAAACAGUGAGAGACAUCAGCGUUCAUCUGCUAGAAAUGUUCCAAGUGCUCCUGGGAGCACCACCGACUCGAGAAGAAGGAGGCACCUCAGCAGAGCUGCAACUAAGAAUGCCCACGAUGCUGAACUGGUAGACAUCAGCUCAAUUCUAAAAAUCUCCCUCCUGAACGACAAACACAAGUACGACGAUGUGGAGUACGAGGAAGAGGACGACUCCGGUGUGGACGAGCAUGUGGUGAUGAAAUGCACCGAGUGGCUCUGUGGGUUGGAGAACAAACCAGUAACAUGGAUUUGUGAAGACUUAGACGACGACGUGCCUCUUGUUAGACACCCCCCUCGUGCACAGGCCAAGUGA